CUUUGUAGUCCCUACAGUGCUUGGAGGAGUAUGUUUGUGAGAAUUGUGUGCCUCCUGGUGGUGACAUUCACUCGUGGUCAUGCUCUACAUACAGACAUGUCACGGGUCAAUGACUGGGGUAAUGGACGAUUUGAGGGUCACAUCACAUUUCCCAUACACGGGGAGGCUGUUGGAGGGUGGGAGUGCAUCGUCACCUUCUCCGAACCCGUAACAGGAUUGUCGGAGUGGAUGGGAGACAUCAUUAAGCACUCAUCCGACAACAAGGUCUACGUCCUGGUAAAUAAACCUCACACAGGAAUACAGACAGACGGACAAACGCUGGACAUCACCAUUCAGGCAAGCUACACCGGAAGUAAGGCCCCCACCGCCACAGCAGAGUUGAUCAAUCUUGCUCAUGACGGCAUGAAGCCUCCAACCAUUUCCGUCGAUGAUGGAACAAAGUACAAUUAUAACGAGGUUCUGAUGAAGUCCAUCAUGUUUUACGAAGCACAGCGGUCAGGGAAGUUACCGGCGGACAACCGGAUUACGUGGCGCGGGGACUCGUCACUACUGGAUCAAGGAGACAAUGGGGAGGAUCUCACGGGGGGCUGGUACGACGCGGGUGAUAACAUCAAGUUUGGUUUUCCUAUGGCGGCGACCACCACCAUCCUCUCCUGGGGACUCCUGAGGUACAAAGACGCGUACACACACAGUGGUCAGUUGGACAACAUGUACGACUGUAUUAGGUGGUCACUGGAGUGGCUGCUUAAGUGUCACACCGGAACCAACGAGUUAUAUGUUCAGGUCGGGGAUGGAAAGUCACACUCGAUUUGGGACAGACCAGAAAGUAUGACAACCAGACAACCGGCAUUCAAAGUAGAUGCAAGUAAACCCGGAAGUGACGUCGCUGGAGAAUACGCAGCCGCAAUGGCAGCUGGAUAUUUGGCUUUCAAAGAUAAAGAUCCUGUAUUUGCUGCAAAGCUACUCGAACACGCUAAACAAAUAAAUGACUUCGCUGUGGCCCACAAGGGAAAAUAUUCGGACAGCGUCACCGCCGCUGCCGAGUUUUAUAGAUCGGUGGACUAUAAUGAUGAGCUAUCAUGGGCAGGGGCGUGGCUCUAUAAAGCCACCAAUGAAACCAAGUACUUGACACAGGCGGAGACAUACUACGUGGCGGGACCUUCCUGGGGCCAGUCCUGGGACGAUAAAACCGCUGGCUGCCAGGUUCUGCUGUAUGAAGAAACUGGAAAGGACAAAUACAAACAGGACAUUGAAUCCACUUUCCAGGAUUGGAUGCCCGGGGGUAGUGUACCCUACAGUCCUCAGGGACUGGCGUUCAGAAGUCAAUGGGGGUCACUGAGAUACACAUCUAACAUGGCUUUCAUUGCCCUUAUGGCGGCUGAUGACGGGCUCCACGCAACCAGCUAUAGGGAUUGGGCAAAGAGUCAGAUCCACUACGCCCUGGGGGACACAGGAAGAAGUUUUAUGUGUGGGUUCGGUGUCAACCCGCCCGUCAAGCCACACCACCGCGGAGCCUCUUGUCCCACACUCCCGGCACCCUGUGGGUGGGCGGAUCAAACCAAGAAAGCGCCGAAUCCGCACGUGCUGUAUGGCGCACUGGUAGGAGGACCAGAUGGAAGUGACGGUUACGUGGAUAGUCGGCAAAAUUUUCAGAGUAAUGAAGUAGCUUGUGACUACAAUGCUGGUUUCCAGUCAGCCGUGGCGGGAUUGGAAUCUCUCUUUUUACGCGGGAUGUUGAGUUCUUCGUGACAUUUUAAAUAGAUAUAUAUAAAUAAAAUAAAACUGAUUUAU